UAAGUUCUUGGACGCAACCAAUGUGUGUAGUGACUCCGAGAAGAGGACAAACAUGUCAUUGGGUUGAAACGGAGGGGAGAUGUAUGGCGUCUUGUUUCCUUUGCUGACCCCAAACGCUAUAACCCGGGGAUCCCGAACGGACCUCCAUCCCACGUGGCACGAUAUCCGCCAGACGUCCGUUCUGGCCCCGCUUAAAUAAUUGUGGGCUCCACGCAGACAUGUGGCCACCACCUCAAUCAUGGAUUAUCUGCUACAGGAAAUGUUCUGGAUGCUUCCACAGACUUCCGCCACCUGCUAUAUCAAAACUCCGUUAUGUUCUCGUUUUGGUAUCGUUUCGGUAACAGUAGCGUGUUCCGAUCUCCUACUCCGUCGACUCGGCGAUCUCGAUCUAUGGCCGCGGCGGCGGCGGCGGAGCGCGAGCUCGGGCGACUCGAGGGGCUCCUGCGGAGCGCCGGUGGCGCGGAAGACGGCGACGAGCGGCGGGGGACCGCCCUCUUCCCCAUCGUCUUCGGCGUGGUGCGGACGGGCCCCGCGGAGGGGGAGACGCCGGAGCUGGAGCGGGUCGUCAUGCUCAACCCGCUCACCCGGGGGAUGGUCAUCUUCCAGGGCGAGCCGGCUCUGCUGUCCGAGUUGCACCCACCCGGGCUGGCGGCGGCUGGCGUGCCAUGAGGAUUGUGGAGCCUGGCGAGGAGCACGCGGACGAGGAGUGCCCCGUGUGUCUGGACGAGCUGACGAGCAACGUCGGCGGGGAGACGGCUUCGGAGGAGGAGGCGGCGUCGGCGGUGGUGAGGGAGAUGCCGUGCAGGCAUCGGUUCCACGGCGGUUGCAUCGACAAGUGGUUGGGGAUGAACGGGUCGUGCCCGGUGUGCAGGUAUCGGAUGCCGGCGGCGGAGGAGGAGGAGCCGAAGUAGGUCGGCGACGUCUUGGGCGCGGAGGGAGCGGCGAGAGGGGCGGCGAGGGUGAGCGAGCUGUUCGUUACGAUAGCUUUUGGGAGUAGCAGAGCAGGGAGGGAGAAGUCGACGAACAGCUGCAGCAACAACAAGGUGGA